ACCUAUUUUAAGUUUCCCAACUUGCGAAUCCUUGACAUCUCCCACAAUGAUUUUAUGGGAAAGCUACCAUUGAGACUUCUUGAAAAUUGGAAGGCCAAAAGUUUUGAGAAUGUGCAUCUGUCAACAUAUAUUCAAGAAUACUCAGACUUUCAAAAGCAAAAAGGUUUUGGGUAUUCCUAUUGGCUCCAGGCUUAUAGUUACUCUAUGAUGAUGACAAACAAAGGCAAUAAUUUGUUCUACGAGAAGGUCCAAGAAUUGCUCAUAGCCAUUGAUUUCUCAAGCAAUAAAUUUGUUGGAGAGAUACCUGAAUCUAUUGGAAAUUUAAAGGGAGCUCAAUUGCUCAAUCUUUCUAAUAAUGCUCUUAUUGGUCACAUCCCAUCCUCUUUAGGAAAUCUUACAGAGUUGGAAGCAUUGGAUCUUUCUCAUAAUAAAUUAUCAGGGGAGAUUCCACAACAAUUAACACAACUUACUUUCUUAGGAUUCCUCAAUGUUUCCCGUAACAAUCUCAUGGGACCUAUACCACAAGGGAGGCAAUUCGAUACAUUUGAAAACAAAUCAUUUCAGGGGAAUCCAGGAUUGUGUGGAAGACCAUUGACAAGGAAAUGUGAGAAUUCUAAUGAGCCACCUUCUCACCCUUCAAUCUUUCAAGAAAGUCAAGACAUUGGAUCACCAUUUGAAUUUGGUUGGAAAAUAGUUGUGAUUGGAUAUGUAUUUGGAUUUGUUGUUGGAGUAAUAAUUGGGCCAAUAGUGAUCGCAAGGAAACAUGAUUGGUUAAUGAAGACCCUACGAAUAAGGCCAGUGAGUGGGAGGAGACGCAGAAAUUAAAUAAAAUAGUUUGUGCAAGAUACCUUUCCAAAGCAAUUUAUGUAUUAUUAGACCGGUGUUUUCUACUUUUAAUCUUAUUUCUCUGUGUGUAAUGUGUUUCUUUCCUUUUUCAUUAUUGUUUUGGUGUAGUACUUUGGAUUAGUGUGGCAUUAAGAUGUUCGUAUGUAAAAUGCU